AUGCCCCGGGCGACCCCUGUGACAUCACCGUGGAGUCCCCGGGCCCCCCGUUCUCCGGCCAUGCCCCUGCCGACCUCGGGCCCGCUUUGGGGCCCGCUCCCGCUCCUGCUCCUGCUCCUGGCCUCCUUCCCCAAGGUGCCCGGCUGCCUGCACUGCAAUGCCCCGCUGCGCCAGGCCCUGGCCGCCCUGAGGGCCCGCCUCAUCCCCAGCCACUUCCAAUCCCCGCGACUGCGGGCAAGAGCCGGGGCGCUCCUCGAUGGCAUGGCCGGGGGCUUCUACCGCGACUAUGCCACCUACCAAUACGCCGGUCAAGUGGGGGUCACCCGCUUCUCCCUAGUGCAGAAUUUGGCAAGAAACAAGACGGAGGAGUUAAUGAGAACAACACUGACAGAGGGUCCUUUACUGGACAGGCUGGUGGAGGUGCGAGCCGAGGUGGCCCAGGCUCUGAAGAGGUCGUUGAAAGAGCAUCAAAACCGAGCCUGUGACCCCAACUACUGCAGCCAGCUGAGUUUCCAGGUGCUGGACUGUUUGCGCUGCAAGACGGAAAAAGCCGACUGCCUGAGCCGCAGACUCUGUUUCGGAGACCGGCAGCCCCGCUUGGUCCUGCGCUACGGGCCUCAGGGGGUCCCCAUCAAAGACCGGGCCGCGAAGGGCCGGGUGAUGGUCCUCACUCUGGCCGGCAUCACCUUCGGGGUCGUGGUGGCGGCGGCACUGACUUACAGAAGCAACCGGCGGCUACUGCGGACCCCCAGAAAGAACAAUGCUAAUUCACACCAGUCGUCUUCAUAAUAAAAAAAUGUUUAUCCCA